CCAGAGGGAGGCAGUCAGGGACAAUGAUUGAGUUCUGGUCUGCAGUGUUUGGGGUGUUGGGAUUUCUCAUCACCUGGCAGUUGUUUCGACCUCAAAGUGCCCCUGUAUGUGGGGUGUACAGACAGCCAGGAAAAUGGUUCUGGCUCAAGAAGUUGGUCUUUUUGGUGAUUUUCAAACUGCGGCAACGUAAUCACAAGAAUGCAGCGAAGCGUCUCAGAAAAUCUCAGGAUAUGUUGGAUAAGAACCGAGGCUACGGAGCCGGAAUGCUGGAUCCAACCUCUAUGGAAACAGUUGCUCCAUUAGAUCCGGAUCCAUUUGGUAUAGAUGCUGUAUAUUUUGGUGGUUUUAACAAAGAUGGCGUACGUGUUGUUGUUCGCUACUGUCGUCGUCAUGAAAGGCGUGGGGAAAUAUGGGUAUUUUUAGAAAUACCUGGGAUCGGAGUCUUGGAGCAUCCGCUUCACCCAGACACUUACGUCGUCAACACAAAUGGUCGGGACUACACCACAGGCGGCCUAAAGAUCGAAAUGGUAGAACCAAUGAAAACAUGGAAAUUAUCGUAUGACGGCACUUUAAGACAUGGGCUAUGUAACAGUUUAGAAAACAAAGGUGAAAAACUUGUGCAAGUGAAAUUUUCAUUCAGGUGGUGUUGUUAUACCGAUCCAUUCAGUUUUGACACGGAUAUAAGUCCAUCAGCCAUAGCAGACGCCAUCGCCAGGGAAAGCUGGGACCAAGAAUUCUGGAAUAGAUUAAAAAGUAAACAUCAGACCCACUAUGAACAGUGGGGUGAGAUGUCCGGCUUACUACAGGUGGAGGGUUACGAGGAUGUCCGGCUUACUCUCAACACAGUACGCGACCAUUCUUACGGAGUGCGAGACUGGAGAAUGUUUCACCGAUAUGCCAUCCACUUCAUCUGUCUUGAGAGUGGUGUCACUGCCCAAGUUGGUGUGGUCAGUCUGCCCUCUACAACCUCUUAUUUACAGGUGGGAUACCUGAACUAUCCCUGUGGUGCUAUGUAUGCUGUUUCCAGCUGUGAUCUCAAUUUGUGGGAAAUUUCAGAAACACAGGAACCUGCCAAUGAAUAUUCUUUCAGUUUUGUCGCUGGUGGCGACACCUUCCAUGUGGAAGUUAAGGGGGAGACCACUCCAGUUUGGUUCCACUGCCAGGAUCGAGGAAGCAAAAUUUUUGAAAAAUUUUGCCAAUACAAAGUCAACGGUAAAAAAGGAUAUGGACUGGUGGAGUUUCAUUAUAGAAAUAUUGAGGGUCCAUCCUAUGUCCAACCAGAGUCACUUCCCUUGCUUCAGGAGCCUUCAGCAGAAGAGGUCAAGGCCCAGACUGAGGCUCUGACCUUGACCUUUGAUGAGGAUGCUUGUAGAAGCAGUAAACUUGUGGGGGGCAAGGGGGCACAACUGGGUCAGUUGUCCUCCAUACAGAAUAAAGUGAAUGCUAUGGUACCUAGGGGCUUCAGUCUAACGUUGGCUGCCUUCGUCACACAGGUCGAGAACAAUGGAGAUAUCAUGAAAGCUGUUGACCAUAUUGUGAAAGCUAUAAGGGAUGCAGAUGAUGACCAGCUAAAGCUGGCCUGUUCUGACACAGUGGAACUCUUCGCCUCCAUACCCAUCGCCAAGGAGAUCGAGGAGGUCAUCAUGGUUAAGAUGAAGUACCUGUUUGGUCAGGACUGUUUCACAAAGCUCUUUGCUGUCAGGUCUUCUGCAACAGGAGAAGAUGGAAGUGAAGCUUCCUCAGCUGGACAAAUGGAAACAUAUAUAGGGGUCAGAGGUCAUCCCGAGAUCCUGGACUCUGUGAGAAAGUGUUGGGCAUCUGCAUUCACUUACCAGGCUGUUCAGUAUCGCAGACAGAGUGGUCAGCCAAUCAAAGUUGCAGUUGGUGUGGUUAUCCAGGAAAUGGUCAAAUCAGAAGUGUCCGGCGUCAUUUUCACCAAUGACCCUGGAACAGGCAGCCCAAAUCUGAUGAUUCUGGAUGCGUCUUAUGGUUUAGGAGAGGCUGUGGUGUCAGGGAAGACAACUCCAGACACCAUUACUGUAUUCCGUAGUUGGGACAAUCAGGUCUCGAUCAAGCACAAAAAACUUGGUGACAAGAAAGUCAAAAUGACUCUUAAAGAGGAGGGUGGUGUGGAGGAGACGGAGACGGAGAUGGACAGUGCAGCCUCCUGUUGUCUGACUGAUGAUCAGAUCUUACAGGUGUCACAAAUCGCAUUACAGGUUGAGACUUACUUUGGAAGUCCUAGAGACAUUGAAUGGGCGUUGUCAGCUGAUCAGUUCUACCUUCUACAGGCUCGACCAAUCACAACCCUGGACCAGGAGACGGAGGAAGAGCUAUGGUGUGAAUUUGAUGAUGCUCUGGUCACUCACAGAGAAUGUCUCACCACUGCCAAUAUUGGCGAGAUGAUGCCAGGGGCCGUAACUCCACUGACUCACUCUGUAUUUUUGGCAGCAAUCCGAAAGGGCACGGAGUAUCUAGCGGAGGUGAUGGCCGGUGGACCAAACAUACGGUACCAUGCCAAGGGGAUAAUUACCCAUUCAAACAGAUGUUUCAUCAAUAUGAAUAUGGUUGGGUUAAUUAGUAUCAACAAUAUCGUCGGGAAUCUGGAAGGUGGCCAGCUGAGCAUCCUUGGACAGACUGUUGAUGGUCUAACUGUUGAGGAGAUCAAGCAAUAUGUAGGGAAAAGAAGGACAUUUUGGGACAGACUGAAAAUCUUCAUCCGCUUCCUCUCAAUAAAGAACAAAGACAUCAAAGAUUUUGAUGACUGGUACAAUGUUGUUGACAACUACAGAAUUGGUGCCGAUGUUGAGGAUGCCCACAGUCUGUACUUAGCGAUCAGUGAUAAACUACCAGACUACUACAGGCUGUGGAAAGGAAACAUUGUGAAGAGUUCUAUGUCUGGUUUGUGGUCUAACAUAGUUUCAGGGAUCCUCUCCAAGGGAAAGUCAGUGUACACCCAAGAAAACAUGGCUGACAUGGCACUACUGUUGUCUGAAUGUGAAGAGGUUUACAGUGCUGAAGUACCGACAGCUAUGCAGGAACUUGCUAGAGAGGUAUGUGCUGCAGGUAUAACGGACAAGUUUCUCGCUGUCACUGAUGAAGAAUGUGUUCAUUUAAUGACAUCUGAGGAGUUCCCGAAACUGAAACAGAAAUUUGAUGUAUUCCUUUCACGACACGGCCAUCGUUAUGUGAGAGAGGCUGAAUUCUUUGAGAGGUCCUGGCGAGCCCAGCCUGAGAGACUGUCAUGUGUUUUGAAGACGAUUCUGAGGACAAAGUCCUUUGAGCCGAAGGAGAAGGUGAAAGUGAGCCUGACCGAUAUAUUUGCCGAGAUGCAGACUCCCAUCUCCUGGACAACCAGACAAGUCCUAAAGUGGAUGGUACCAAAGGCGAGAAAGGCUGUAGGAAAUCGUGAAUGGGGCAAGUCCUUGGCAGUGAAGGUCAGUGACAUCUUUAAGGAAGCGUAUUGGCAGUUAGCAGAUCUUCUGAUGAAGGAGGGUAGACUACCUCAGAAAGAACUGAUGUUUUUCCUGACUCACUCAGAAAUUGGAAAACUGCUGAAAACUCGCUCACCAAGGCUCAUCACAAAGGCAGUGAGGCGGAGGAAACUUCUUCCUAAAAUGAUGGACCUCAGCUUCCCUAAGCUUCAAACAGGAGUACCACAACCGAUCAUGAAAGAAGAAAUUGAAGCUCAAAGAACUGCUCACUUUACUUUGACAGGGAUGCCAGUGUUUCAGGGGAUAGUGACCGGUACGGGUCGAGUGGUCAAGGACCUGGACCAGGCCAACCAUACUAUACAGCCCGGUGAUAUCCUGAUAGUAUCGUACACAGAUGUAGGCUGGACGCCAUACUUCCCCCUCAUUUCUGGUUUGAUUGUAGAGCUCGGAGGACUUUUAUCUCAUGGUGCUGUGGUUGCUAGGGAGUAUGGUCUACCCUGUAUUGUUAAUGUACCCAACGCCACCCAGCUAUUUCAGUCAGGAGACAUUGUCAGGCUAAACGGCAAGGCUGGUACAAUAGAAAAACUUGAAAACCAGGAAAAGACGAAAACAGAGAAACUGGAAUGAAAGGAAACACCAGAUACAUUCCAAUCAAUGAAGCUUUAAUAACAAAUUUGGAUAGAUCAUAUUUGCUUGAUGAUAUUUUUGAUAAUUGUGAUCACUGAUUAAUAGUACAUAUACACAUUUAUUGCAUUUAAUACUUUUGUCCGACAAAAUUCACAAUUUUGUGGGUAAUUUUUACAUGUGAAAAUGUGACUAAUGGUAUACUUUUAAACCCUGAAAUAGAAUUAAAUAAUUAAGUCAUUUUAAGCUUAUUUUGCACUGAACUUACUUUCUGAUCUGCUAAAAUCUCAUAGUGUGGCAUUUGUAUUAAGCAGAAUUUCACAAGUCCUUCUGCAUUUUAUAACUGUUGCAGGGCGUCCUAGAAAAAUGCAAAUAAAAGUUAUGGCAAAUUUUCAAAAUAUAUUAUUUUCAUAAGAAAUAUUUCAUUUGAGGAUGUAUGUCUGUGUGUAUUGAACGUACCAGCCAAUUUACUCUUCAAAUGAUAUAUGGCUUGUUAAAUUCUGUUGAACUUCACCCAAAAAAGUAAUUUACGCAAUGCCAAUUUCUUUUACGGGUAUUGCAUUGUACUUAAAUAUAACGUAUGCCAUAUUGAAAUAUAUUUGUCAUUUUUCAGGACCAUUGUAGAUGUGUAUCAACAGAUACUGUGUGCCUCUUUAUGGUUAUUCGUUCCUCAAAUAUACUUUGAAGCAGCUUCAUCAUAUUUAUUUUAAGAAAUCCUAAAAUGUAUUGAGUUGUACCAUACAUACUAGAGCUUUAACUGUUUAUUUCUCUCGUCAAUUAUUUAUUAUAUGGCCUAACUCUUCAACAUGUAUGUGAAUGCAUCAAGCCCUAGUAUCGUGCACAAACGUACUUCACCCUGAGGACAUCCUUAUGGUGACUGUACUUCAAGUCAUUUAUUCCGAGGCUGUAGUGGCCGAGUGGUUAGGUUUCUGACCACCUAAGAUCACUAGCCCUCCACCACUGGGCCACAGGUUUGAGGCCUGUGUGGGGCAGUCAUCAGGUACUUGCUGCAGGUUGGUGGUUUUUCUCUGGGUUCUCCGUCCUUCCUCCACCACCAAAACCUGGCAUGUUCUUUCAUGACCGUAGCCGUUAAUAGGAUGUAAAACACAAACAAACCAAACCAAACCAAUUUAUUUAUUGCUUAACACCUUUUAAUUCUUCUGGAUUUAUGUUUAACCUGCACGAUUGUACAGUGUAGUGUAUUAUUUUGGAAUUAUGGCCAUUAUCAACCAAGGCCAACUGAUUUUGGGGGAGGGGGGCAAAUUGAAACUUAGGUGCUGGGAUGAGGGCCUGGAUGGGGCAGUCUGCAGGCAAAAUUAUCUUAAUAAUAGCAACUGUCCCUCUUGGCACCCUCUCCCUACGCAGGCUACAGCCAUGCCCAAUAACAUUCAGUUGUUCUGCUUCUUACCGCUGAGAUUUGGACUAAAUGAUGCCAUAAAAUCUCAAGAAUUUCACAUUUAGAUAUCUCUAGAUAUUACGACCAUCCUAGUAUGGUAUUCCAUGUGUACUGGAGAAGUUAACCUCAGUGGUCAAUAUUUCAAAUAUUUGAGGCCAAUCUCAAAAUAUUCUGUUAGUCAUUGAUUGACCUGCCACUUUUAAGUUUGAGUUGUUAGGUAGAAAAAAAUUGUUCCUACAAUAAAAACAUGGACCGCUCAAAGGUAUUUAAGAAAGCAAUAAUGUCUUUAGUAUAAAACACUAAUAACAAAGUAUCAAAGUUAAAUUUCAUUUUUAGCUCGGCUGUUAAACAAACAGAGAACCAAAGCGUGAAAAUGUUAAAGUUUUACCUGCAAGUUAUUUGGAAGCUUGUCAUUCAUUAAAUAUGUGUACUAGGAUGCUAUAUUUGGCAUUGAGGUUUCUGUGGGGUAUAAUAUUGAUGUAGUGUAAUUUCACACAAUUUUUGACUUUUUUUGCCCUUUUUUUUUACUUAACCUUUUUUGUAGCACAUCAAUUUUUAAAGUUAUUUCGAAACUUGUCAUUCAUUCAAAAAGAGUACAAGGAUGCUGAUAUUUGUCAUGAAGGUUCCUUUGGGCUAUACUUUUGAUGUAGCAAAGGCACAAUUUAAAAAAAAAAAAAAAAAAAAAAAAAAAUCUGACUUUUGUUCUUUACAUUUUAAGAGCAUAUUAGCAUUACAAUUUUUUUUUUCUUAUGUUUUUAUCUACCCAUAUAUCAUUUACUGAUGGCAAUAUCAUAUUUAUAGAAAAAUAUAUUGAUUAAAUAUUAUUUGGGUCAGACUUACUGCAAUGGUUUAUAAAAAAUAAGACCAGUGUAAUGGUAUAUUUUUGAGUGGUCGGGAAAGGUUAAUUAGAUGUCUUUCAAAAUUGACAAAUGUAUAAACAGGCUUCUUUGAGGUAUAUAAUUGAUUUUGUGAAUUUUUAAUCAAAUUUUUAUUUUCUUGGACUAUUUUGUACUUUUUUUAUAUUUCAGUGAGACAGCUCUAUAAAGUCACCAUAAGUCUACCUGUCGCAAGCAGACACCGUCUCAAUAUGACUUAAACAUGAGUUAAAGGGACGCUAAACCCCAAUAAACAAACACAUUUUUAAAGACAAUACAUUUUUAAACAUAUGUGGCUUUUACAAUCUCUGGUUUAUACCUAUUCUCUUAGUUUUAAUUAUAAUUUUGCGCGUGUACAAACAUUUUUUGUGUUGCAACAUAAAGCUUCAAUCAUUCGGUCUUCGCCAAACAAAUUAACUGAAUUUUAUUUUUGGCCCGAUAUGUGUUUAAAGCAUAGUUUUGAUGAGGAAAUCUGCAACCAUCAUUAGGCUAGUACACCAGAUUUACUGGAGGAUUAUUUGCCUUCAGGUAGAGGUCCCAAUGCCAAAAGAGGCUACUCGGUGUUCCUUUUUAAAAUCUUGCAUUUAUUAACAAUUGAAUAUUUCAUGUGUCACAACGUAGUCAGUCUUCAGAGCCAAAUAAUUUUUUGUAUGAUGUGUCAUUUUUUGUUUAACGCCCCCGCUAGGAGUUGAACCCGGGACAUCUGGUCUUCUAGUCUUACGCUCUACCGAAUGACGUACUUGGCGGAAAUUCUCCUUAGCCGAGUUGGUAGGAAGUGGCUAGUGUUUUACCAGGAUGGCAUACUCCCCCUUUAGGAAAGAUUUGUCUCAAUGUUUCCAAGGUCAUAGCGAGAAUAUUGCUGUGUGAAUUUGUCAAUAUUACCCAGGUUCCUACGUGGGUGCCAAUGUUACAGAGGUCAUUACUCAUUAUAUUUUCAUUACCUCUGCUAAGAGUCGAACCUAAGGACCUCUGUCUUCCAGUCUUACCGAAUGAGCUGUAGUGAAAUUCUCCCUAGCUUAGUCGGGAAGGAGUGGCUAGUGUAGGCAUUUAACUUGUUAUUUCUUAUUGAACAGUGAUCCUGAAUUUCCAGUUUCUCAUUGGACAGUGGAAGAUGUCUAGCCCCUUUAUCUACGUCUUGUUUUGAGAAAUAAGUAAUUUCUUUUCUUGAUGAACAUACCACCACCACCACCGUUUUUGUACUGGUUGUUACUUCCCUUGGGAGAGUUUCUUUGUUUGAAAAAAAAUGUCUCAAUGGUUGGAAUGAGUUUUGUGAGCAGACAUUUUUGCCGUUUUUAAAAUGUUAUCAUCAGGGAGAAAAAAUGUGUGACAACAAUGAAUUUCAUAAUUGCCAACUGUCCCUAUUUUGGAGGGAGACUCGCAAUUUUGGACCCUAAAAUUGAGCAUUUUCAACCUGGAAAUUUACUAAUCUAUUCCUAUUUUUGAAGGUCUGAUGAUUUCAUUUGAAAGAAUAGCUCAAAGAUGACAUUUAAAAGUCUUAUUUCCCCCUAGGGUGUACAUAUAUACACAUUUUAUUUAGGAUUUUAAUUCUUUAUUUAUUUUGAUUAUCCUAUUAUCACUAAUAUAAAUACAUAUACUCCUGAAGAGGUGUUUUUUUUGAAAAUUUCUAUGAUUUUUCUGUACACUGUUUUUCCUCUCUUAAUAUCAGGGUAUAAAAUGUCAAAUUGUAGUGUUAUUUACCAGCAAGAUGAUUUAUAAAUUGGAAAUAUGUGUCUGAUGAUAAAAUGUUUACAUUUUCGUUUCAUUAAUAACAUGUUGUAUAAAUAUACAGGUCUUUCGGAAAGGAGAUGCAUUAUAUAACAAUAUACAUAAACAUUUGUAUAGCUUAAACGACCUAGAAAGACGUUUUCUAAGAUUGUGGUUUUGGUGCUCAAAUACUCAGUAUUACUAGAAUUUUAUUACUGUACUAUGUAGUUCCAUGUUUAAUGAAAUUCUUUGUCCUUUCUUUUAAUGAUUUCCCAAAUGAAAACCUCAUCAAUUUUAUUUGAGGAUUUAAGACAUUUUUUUCUCUAAAAUCAUCGCGAUAUGUCGGCAGGAAGGAGUGAACUAAACAAGAAAUGUCCAUAAAAUUCACCAAUAUGAAUAUGAUCAUCCUCUUCAUCCUAACAUGGGAAUAAUUUAUGUUUUUGUAUUGGAAAUGAAACCCGAGUCUUAUUGCCCAACAAGCCGGAUUGAAAUGUCUUGCAUGUGUCCCACUUUGACCAGCAAUGCACAUAUCAGAGUAGAAACUAACAUGCAUGGGUUAAGAUGUGCUACCUAAGAAUGCAUCUAUGGUCCAAGUCUGGUUGAUCUAGCACUUGUACUUUCAGUGAAACUAACUUAAACACAAAAACUAAAUGUUGACGCUGUCGCCGGAAAAGCAGCACCUAAGUCUCGCUAUCGAUACUUCGUGGCGGCGAGACAAAAAUAAAAUAACCAGGAAGUAAUAACAUCUGCAUGUAAGAAUGUUGGAAUAUGGAACGAUAAUGACCAAAAUAAAAUGUGAAAGAGUUGUCGGUUUUAUUAGUCAACAUACCCUUGAAUCCAUCAUUUAUGCAUUCCACUAAAAUACAUGCACGAAAAGCUGCUUAUUAUUAAUUCUAUUCUACAAAGUCAAGUUUAUUUCUAUUUUUGCUGUUCUACCAUCUGUGCGAUUUGUCAAAUCAAACCUGAAACUUACACACUAUUAGCCGUAUUGUUAUGUUUGAUAAUUUUGAUUUGUUGCUAAUUACAGUGUGUUGGUUCGUUACAAGCUACAAUUUAUGUAAUAAGUGCCAAUCAAAUAUGUAUGUAGACACUAACAUUCAUGGUGAAAUAAGGAAUAAAGUUAGUGAUGUAUGUA